AUGUCAGCAACAUUUAUAUCUUCACUUAACUUUGCUGGAAGACAAAUAGUUAUCUAUGGUGGUAUAUUCGUCUUUAUAGUUGGUAUACUUGGUGGACUUUUCAAUACAAUUGUAUUUCUUAGUCUUCGAACAUUUCGACAGAGUUCCUGCGCUUUCUAUUUAACCAUUAUGUCCAUAAUGAAUAUUGUACAAUUACUUACUACAACAUUAUCACGUAUUAUAAGCAAUGUAUAUAAUAAUGAUGGAACUGAUGCCUCAUUAUUUUAUUGUAAAUUCCGCUUUUAUCUUCCUGUAGUUUGCAUUAUAAUAUCAUUAACAUGUUUUUGUUUGGCUACAUUUGAUCAAUAUUGUGCAACAUCUUCUCGAUUAUAUCUACAACAAUUAUGUAAUAUUAAACUAGCUCGACGUCUAGUUAUGAUAUUUUCUUUAAUUUGGAUAUUACAUGGUGUUCCAUUUUUGAUUUUAUUUGAGCAUGUGUCGUCACCCAUAACAGGCAAAAUUACUUGCACUUUGACAAAUGUCAUAUAUAUGCAAUAUCGGGCAUAUGUUAUUUUUCUUCUUUUCUUCAGUUUGUUACCAUUGUUAGUUGGAACAAUAUUUGGAUCAAUGGCUUAUUAUAAUACUCAACAACUAGCUCAUUACACCUUACCCCUUAUCCGACGUGAAUUAGACAAACAACUAACAACUAUGGUUCUAGUGCAAGUUGCCGUUAGUUUCUUCGUUCUUUUACCAUACUGUAUCGUAUAUAUUUUAACAUUAAAUACAAGUCUUAAUAGUGAUCCAAUUGUUAAAGCAGAAAUUCAAUUGAGUUCUAAUAUAACUGUCAUAAUUUAUUAUUUAUAUUUUGCAGUAAAUAUUGAUUUAUAA